UCCUCAUAAAGGCACAAAAGAUGUCUGCAGCAAUGAAGGACCACUACAUAAAUGAUGAUUUAUACUCUUCAGAGACAUUGUCAUAUCCUAUGAAGCAGGUAGACACUGUCUAUAUGAAUUCUUGGGACAUAAGUGAUUCUAUUAAUGUUUCUGAAAGCCACAUUAAAACCAAGACUAGUAAGAUGAGCAGCUCUUCAAUAAAAAAAAGAGAACAAAAAUUCUCUGGUAAAGGAGAAGCAGGCUGCUGUAGACUGUCUGCCCACUGUUGCUGUUGGGUGAUGGUGACUCUUGCUGUGUUGCUGGUCCUAGGCUUGAUUUCCUUUGUAAUGUUCUUUAUACACAGUGACAAUAAAUUACAGAAUUUGAAAAAGGCAUAUGUCAUCUUAUCAGAAAAUCAUUCCUUCAUAGAAAAGCAGCUUGAUCAAUUUAGGAAUAACUUCACCGAUUUGUCAAAAAAGUACCUGGCUUUUCAAAUUAAUCAUAGAACAGGUGAAAAUAAAUUACAGGAAAUGAAAACGGAAUACAAUAGCUUAUCAGAAGAUCAUUCUGUGCUAAACAUGAAGUUCAACCAGCUAACGAAUAGUUUCACCCAUUUAUCAACUGACAACCAGAUUCUUCAAAAUAAAUACAACAGACUUAUAGAAAAGAAGUGCCCAGUUUGUCCACAAGGAUGGUUGACUCAUCAUACAUCAUGUUACUUCAUCUCGACUGAUCACAUGAAUUGGAGAGCUAGUCAAGACGAUUGUUUAGCUAAAGGUGGACAUCUGGUGAUAAUUGAGAAUGAAAAUGAGCAGAAAUUUUUGAAUGAACAUGUCACCAGUUCAGAUGCUUGGAUUGGUCUGACUGAUUCAAAACAAGAAAAAAUGUGGCUUUGGGUAGACAACACAACACUCAAUUUAAGCUACUGGACAAGAGGACAGCCUGAUGAUUGGAAAGAAACUAAUCCAGCUGGGGAGGACUGUGCUCAUUUAAGACCAUGGGCACACACCCUAAACACCUGGCAUGAUAUAACUUGUGAUUACAGCAUGAACAGAGUUUGUGAAAAAAGUUAAUGAAGUAUUAAAUUCUUUCUAAGCACUUGCUUGCCAUCAUAUUCACUUCAAAAGUCAUUUAUCUGUAAAUUAAAAUAUUUUCUAAUAUGUUUAAGUAAAAAAAAAACCCUGCUAGACUGAUUAGUCCUUUCUCAAUUGGAAACUUUUUUACGUUGUUACUCUUUAGGUUUAUUGCAACCACUGCUGCAUAACAAACUUUUGUAGGGGGAUUUUUAUACUACUUUGUUAGCGAACUGAAACAUACAAUUGUUUUUGUUGUUCUUCCAUAUUGGUAAUUAAAUACCCUAUUAUACUGGUUCUCCUGUUUGCCUAGGUGACAUGGUGGGGCAGUGGUUAGUGCCUCUACCUUACAGGUCUACUGUCGUUUUGAAUCCUGUCUCAGUCAGCAUCUGGAUAGACAGAAUAGGCAUUUUUUUCAAAUGUUUUAGGUUUUUCUUCCUCAUUCUAAAGAAGUUAAAUGCAGAGUCAUUAGCAAAUGUUGGACAAGUGUGAUAGACUGGAUUGAUUCAUGCUGUACAAACUAUGGUAAAACCCUGAUGUGGAUAAGCAGAUUAAAUUAAGAAUAAUUGCAUGAACUUUACUCUCUCAAGGGAAAACAACUUACUGAAGAGCAACUUGUUGUAUGAUGACGAUUCCACUCAUCAACAGUGAUGCCAUGUGCUAUCCAUUGACUUUCUGUACCCGCUUAUUACAGUACAGGGCAGCAAGAAGCUGAACCCUACCCAGGCAACAUAAGGUAUAAGGACAAGAACCACUCUUAGAAGGGACAUUAGCCCACUGCAGACAGGUUUUGAAAAUGUGUUCAAAUGGACUGGAAUCCUCUGUCUUUUAAAAUGAGAAAAAUACUAAUGGAACUCAAAAAAGGAAUACAAAUAACUGAAUUUGUGUCAUUAAAUUAUUUGAUGGUAGCAGACAUCUCAUACCCCACAACCAAGAACCUGCUUUUAAGUAACAUAUCACUGAAAGAUGGCCACUUGUCAAACAUUCCAGUUUAACUCUUACAACAUUUUCAAGUCAAAUUUGACCUGGUUUUGGGGUUAAAAAUCACUAAAAGUGCCCUAAAGUUAAUCUCUUAAGGAUGAAAAAAAGCUUACUUUUUUAUUUCUUUUGGGUCAGUUGUAUCCCACCAUUGACCUUAAUGGAUUUUCUGCUACAUUUAAGAUAAUAUGUUUGUUCACCACAUAUAAAACGAUCCAGAUUGUCAUCUUUUUCAGAAUUGUGAAGGCUUUUAGUAAUGGGGCCUAACUGUACAAAAA